UUUGUUUUGCAGCUCUGGCUCAUUUCAACAGUAAGGUCUCCAGUUUUUUUUUUUUUUUUUUGGUUUUAUCAGUUUGUUCUGUUUGGUUGCCGGGAAAACAGAGGAAAAUGGAAGGAGAGCAGAUUAGUACUUUUUUUUCUUUUUUUCUGCUUUGUUUUUUGUAGAAAAAAAAAGGAAAAAUUCAACUCUCCUGAAAAGAUUAAAUGCAUAAGACAGUAAGACUUUAGUGGACUUCUAUUUUUUUACUAGCUAAACAAAAUUUAAGCUUCACGUAUUUAUUUUUCAUUUGUUUUUAUUUUAAGCUCUAUUCUUUCUUAGAUGUCAGCAACCUACUGGACAAUAAUAUUAAGAGGAGUUUAUUUUUUCUAAGAUUCUUUUAAAAUUUGACUCAGUUUUUGCUGCACUGUUUUUAUUGGUAAAUCACGGUUUAGUAAUUAGUCUCCGCAUGUUAAGAGAGACAAUUUUGGGAAGUUUUGAGUUCUGAUGUCUCCACCUCUGCUGGGCGUGGAGGAGGAAGGGCAGAGUAAUGUUUCUACCCCCUCUGUUGAUUGUAUCUCCCAGAAUGGCACGGGGCUAAAGGAGCGGAAUUAUCUUGGAUUAUCAGAUUGUUCUUCAGUUGACAGCUCUGCUGUCUCGAGCUUGCCUGAGGAUAACAAGAGUAAUCUGAAUUUGAAGGCUACAGAGCUUAGGCUUGGUCUUCCUGGAUCCGAAUCCCCUGAGAGAGAAACAGAGCUUUGCUUGCUGAACUCUGGAAAACUUGAUGAGAAGCCACUGUUUCCUUUACUUCCUUCCAAGGAUCGGAUCUGUUCAUCAUCACAGAAAGGUGUCGUUACUGGAAACAAAAGGGGGUUCUCUGACACCAUAGAUGGAUUCUCUGAGGUGAAAGGCACUGUAUACACUGAAAAAAAUUGGAUAUUUCAUGGAGCUGGUUCUGAUUCUGAAUCUCCACAACCUGUGGUACAUGGAAAAUAUCCUGGUAAUUCAGGGGUUAAUGUGAUGCUGUCAACAAGAUCUUCUGGAGCUCAAACAUCUGUAAAGAAAGAUGGGCCUGCAAAUGUGUUAAAAGAACGACCUCUUGCCAUUGGUGGAACCAGCCUCAACCAAACUGGCAUUUCUAACAACAACAGCGGUGCACCUGCUGCCAAGGCACAGGUUGUUGGAUGGCCACCAAUCAGAUCAUUUAGGACUAAAACACUAGCCACAUCUUCAAAGAACAAUGAUGAAGUUGAUGGAAAACCUGGUCCUGCUGCUCUCUUUAUCAAGGUCAGUAUGGAUGGGGCUCCUUAUCUGAGGAAGGUAGAUUUGAGAACUUAUUCAACUUAUCGGGAACUGUCUUCUGCUCUUGAGAAGAUGUUUGGCUGUUUUACCCUUGGUCAAUGUGGGUCUCACGUUGCUCCUGGGAAGGAAAUCUUGAGUGAGAGCAAGUUGAAGGAUCUUUUGCAUGGAUCAGAAUAUGUUCUAACAUAUGAAGAUAAAGAUGGUGACUGGAUGCUCGUCGGAGAUGUUCCAUGGGAGAUGUUUAUUGAAACUUGCAAGAGGUUGAAAAUAAUGAAGAGCUCUGAUGCUAUUGGAUUAGCUCCUCGAGCGAUGGAGAAAUCCAAGAUCAGCAACUAGAAAGACACUCUGGAUAUGAACGUUAAUUUCCCCAUUGCCAAAUUCGAAGCGAAAAUUCCAGGAAACUGUGAUAAUUGAGAGCUGAAACUUGCAGGGUGCCUUGUGCAGAAUGAAGAUCUUCUCGUAUUCCAUCUCAUCUAUGUUUUGAUUGCAUGAAGAAUUAGUGUUACUUUAUGUUUGUUACAAGUUUAUGAUGAUUGUUCAAAGUGUUAAGAAAAUUAGUGAUUGUGGAUAUUAUAUAUCCACAUAGGAACCUGUAAUCUUUAAGAUGUAUUGUAUUCUGUUGAAUGUGUGUUUGAUCGGAAAGCGACCCAGUUGUUCUGUUUCAUC